AAAUCAACUCAAGAAGUCUCCUUCACCUUCAGCUGAAUCCCCCGGCCGGGCCUCGUGCAUUUUUAUACUAACUUUUACUAGUCCAGUCCUCCACCGAGACCACCGUAGCCGUCGCCACCUCUAGCCGGCCCGCUUCCUCCACGUCAAUAGCAUCGCCACCCUUUUCACGCCCUAGAAAAUGGCGAAACUACCCCUCCUCCUCCUGAUCCCCCUCCUCGUUACUCUUGUCCCCUCCGCCUCUGCCGAGAUCAAAACCUUGAAGAUCACCUCCGACUCCCGGCCCAUGAUCCUCUUCGAACGCUUUGGCUUCACCCACACCGGCCACGCUACCAUCUCCGUGUCCUCCGUGUCCGUCGUCUCCUCUCUUUCCACCCCCGACCCAUCUCGCCUGGGGUUUUUCCUCCUAUCCGAAGAAUCCCUCAUCCAAGUCCUCCUUGAACUCCAACAGACCCCAUCUUUUUGCGUCCUAGAUUCCAAAUUCAUAACCCCAUUGUUCACCUUCCGGGGCCUCUCUCCGCCGCCGGCGUCCUCUUUCGUUCACUCUUACCCCGUCACUUCCCCCAAUGAGUACUCCCUUUUCUUCGCCAAUUGCGCCCCCGAAUCUAAAGUCUCCAUGGCGGUCCGCACGGAGCUUUACAAUCUCGAUAACAUGGGCCGCGUUAAGGAUUACCUCUCCGCGGGCCUCACCCAGCUGCCUGCUUUAUAUUUCACGUUUUCCAUGAUUUAUUUUGGAUUUCUGGGAUUUUGGAUAUACUACUGUUGUAAGAAUAGGUUAUCCGUCCACCGGAUCCAUGUGCUGAUGAGCCUCUUGGUGGUAAUGAAGGCGUUGAAUCUGCUCUGCGCCGCAGAGGACAAGCAUUACGUGAAGAGCACCGGUACCCCUCAUGGAUGGGAUGUUUUGUUCUACAUUUUCCAGUUUAUUCGCGUGGUUCUUUUGUUUACUGUGAUUGUUUUGAUCGGUACCGGGUGGUCGUUUUUGAAGCCAUUUUUGCAAGAGAGGGAGAAGAAGGUGCUGAUGAUUGUGGUCCCACUUCAGGUCUUGGCUAAUGUGGCUUCCGUUGUGAUUGGGGAAACGGGGCCUUUCAUCAAAGAUUGGGUCACUUGGAAUCAGGUGUUUUUGCUGGUGGACAUUAUUUGCUGCUGUGCGAUUAUUUUUCCAAUUGUAUGGUCCAUUAGGUCGUUGAGGGAGACUUCGAAAACAGAUGGGAAGGCUGCUAGGAAUUUGGCUAAGUUGACACUUUUUAGGCAGUUUUACAUUGUGGUCAUUGGUUACUUGUAUUUCACCAGAAUUAUUGUGUUCGCAUUGAGGACGAUCGCUGCUUAUAAGUAUCAGUGGGUGGCCUUUGCAGCCGAAGAGAUUGCAAGUUUGGCCUUCUAUACCGUGAUGUUUUACAUGUUUAGGCCAGUUGAGAAGAAUGAAUAUUUUGUCCUUGAUGAGGAGGAAGAAGAGGCUGCCGAGAUGGCUCUCCGCGAUGAAGAGUUUGAGCUUUGAAGUUCAGAUCCGGUUGGCCCUCUUUUUGAUUUUGCAAGUCUAUUGCUCUGACUUUUUAGAAUUUUUUUUUUUUUGGGUUAUAAAAUUACACUCUUUCAAGUAGAUUUAUCAGGAUUAACGGCUGUUUUGUAUUUCUGUUUGUAACAAUUGGCUUUUAUGGAAUAGCGCCUUGCAGUUCUGGAACCAUGCAAUCACUCUGCCACUUGGACACUUACCAUUUUUUGUUUUAUUGAUCUCAGUAUGAAUGUGUUAUUGUUA